GAGAAGAGAGCAGCGUGAAGGAGUGCGAGCUGUAUCAGUGCAGGUCCUGAAGCAGAAGAGAGAAGAGAGCUAUCGGGCUCUUACCACACGCGUUUAAAACCUUUAUGUAAAGGUGCUUAUCUCUGGAAAGAGGAAGAAGGAAAGUGAAGGAAACAUAGCAAAAGAGGACCGCCAACCGAUGUUUGACUUAAUUUGACAUGAGAGAGGAUAUCUGUUUCAUUUAUUUCUCACUGGGAUGCGGAUUUUCCCCUUCUUUUCUUGACAGCGUGCGUUUGCCCCGCAUCUCUGGUAUCAUACGGAUAUAUGCGGAGAAAAAAUUAAGAUGAAGUGGCCUUCGAAAGUAGUUUUUGACGGCGUACCGCUCGCUAAUGUUUUAUUUUUUCUUUAAUCGUGUUCAACAGCGUUGCACCGGGCUCUAGGAACGGCGGGAAUUGAUAGGGCACGCGCGCAGUGCUUAUAAAACAACAGCUGAUCAUUGAAGCUCGCAUCAAGCCAAAUAAAACACUAUCAGAAGAAUAAACACCACUGAUUUUGUUAUAGCCUACACAAAUCGCGGAGGCAUAAAAACGACGAGCUUUAAAACAGGUCCGUCCCCCAGCGUUUGGUGGGUUUAGGUGGAGUGGACUAGACUCUGUGAUGUGGAGUGCUGCUCUGGAUCUGAGUGCCCACUACUAGACCAACAACUUCCUGCGCCUCAAGAUGGAUUAGAGCUUCACGCCUCCGGAGAUCAAAGGUGGCUGUGUGAAGGGGGACCCCCAGGGCUGGACCCAUGAGGAGUCAAAGAAGAUGCUCGCAGCCUGGGCGUCUCUGCUCUUCUUAGCCAUGUGGGUGAGAAACGCCACCAGUGGCCCGCUCUCAUUCAGAAUAGCUGCCAUUCUUGAUGACCCGAUGGAGUGUAGCCGCGGGGAGCGAUUGGCCAUCACUCUGGCGAAAGAAAGCAUCAACCGUUCCAGCAACCGCUCCACCACAGGCAAACUGGAGGUGGACAUCUUUGAGCUGCUCCGAGACAGUGAAUACGAGACAGGAGAAACUAUGUGCCAGAUCAUGUCCAAGGGGGUUGUGGCAGUCCUGGGCCCCUCUGCCAGCCCGGCAUCCAACUCCAUCAUCAGUAAUAUCUGCGGUGAGAAAGAGGUGCCAUACGUGAAGGUGGCUCCGGAGGACAUACUGAAGGUGCAGUUUCCUCGCUUUACCACGCUGGACCUCAGGCCCACUAACACAGACAUCAGCAUGGCUGUAGCCGGACUUCUAACGUUCUUUAACAGCAGCACAUCGUGUCUCAUAUGUGCUCAGGCCGAUUGCCUAUUAAACCUGGAGGUGUUACUGCGACAGUUUCUCAUCUCCAAGGAAACCCUCUCUGUUCGCAUGCUGGAUGACAGCCAGGAUCCCACCCCUCUUCUCAAGGAGAUCCGCGAUGACAAGACUGCCACCAUCAUAGUGGAUGCCAACGCCACCAUGUCUCACGUUAUUUUGGAAAGGGCCUCAGAGUUGGGGAUGCUGUCAGUGUACUACACCUACAUCCUGACUUCCUUGGAAUUCUCUCUGCUACGAUUGGACGAUUUAGCUGAUCAACGAGUCAACAUCGUCGGGUUUUCAGUCUUCAACAGGACACAUCCCUUCUUUCAGGACUUCGUCCUCAGCCUCAAUCGAUCCUGGCAGGAGAACUGUGAUCAUGCGCCUUUUGCAGGAACACCACUUUCGUCAGCGCUGCUGUUUGAUGCGGUACAUACAGUGGUGGCAGCCGUGCAGGAGCUGAACCGUAGCCAGAAUGUAGGAGCCACUCAGCUUUCCUGCAAGUCUUCUAAGAUCUGGGAGCACGGCACAAGUCUGAUGAACUACCUGAGGAUGGUAGAGUUGGAAGGUCUAACAGGCCACAUCGAAUUCAACAGUAAAGGCCAGCGCUCGAACUAUGCCCUCCGGAUCAUGCAGAACAGCAGGGAUGGCCUAAGGCAGAUCGGUCAGUGGCAUUCAGAGCAGGGACUGUCUAUGGAGAAGAAGCUUCCAUCACUUAACGUGACAGACACACUAUUCAACACCACUCUCACCAUAACUACCAUCCUGGAGAAUCCUUAUGUAAUGCUGAGAGCCAAUCACCAGGAACUAGAAGGGAACGAGCGCUAUGAGGGCUUCUGUGUGGACAUGCUGAAGGAGUUGGCAGAUAUCCUGAAGUUCAAGUACCGUAUUCGGCUAGUUGGGGAUGGCUUGUACGGGGUGCCCGGCGCCAAUGGCACCUGGACGGGCAUGGUGGGAGAGCUCAUCAGCAGGAAGGCUGAUUUGGCUGUGGCCGGCCUGACCAUCACGGCUGAGAGGGAGAAGGUCAUUGAUUUCUCCAAACCCUUCAUGACUCUGGGAAUCAGCAUCAUGUACCGAGUACACAUAGGAAGAAGACCGGGGUAUUUCUCCUUUUUGGAUCCAUUCUCUCCUGGGGUUUGGCUUUUCAUGUUGCUGGCAUACCUGGCAGUCAGCUGCGUGCUCUUUUUGGUGGCGAGGCUAACACCCUACGAAUGGUACAACCCGCACCCCUGCCUGAAGGGGCGCUGUAACCUGCUGAUUAACCAGUAUUCUCUGGGCAACAGUUUCUGGUUUCCUGUGGGGGGUUUCAUGCAGCAAGGCUCCACCAUCGCCCCCAGAGCCCUGUCCACACGCUGCGUCAGUGGAGUAUGGUGGGCCUUCACCUUGAUCAUCAUCUCUUCCUACACAGCCAACCUGGCGGCCUUUCUCACUGUGCAGAGGAUGGAGGUGCCCAUUGAGUCAGUGGACGAUCUGGCUGACCAGACAGCCAUCGAAUACGGCACCAUGCAUGGCGGGUCCACCAUGACCUUCUUCCAGAACUCCCGGUACCAGACGUACCAGCGCAUGUGGAACUUCAUGUACUCCAAGCAGCCCAGUGUGUUCGUGAAGAGCACAGAGGAGGGCAUCGCCCGAGUACUCAACUCCAAUUACGCCUACCUGCUGGAGAGCACCAUGAACGAGUACUACCGCCAACGCAACUGCAACCUCACCCAGAUAGGAGGCCUGCUGGACACCAAGGGCUAUGGCAUUGGCAUGCCUCUGGGUUCUGUCUACAGAGAUGAGUUUGACCUGGCCAUACUGAAACUACAGGAGGAUAACCGCCUAGAGAUCCUGAAGAGGAAAUGGUGGGAUGGUGGCAAGUGUCCGAAAGAGGAGGAUCAUCGAGCGAAAGGUCUGGGCAUGGAGAACAUCGGUGGGAUCUUUGUGGUGCUUGUGUGUGGUCUGCUGGUGGCCAUCUUCAUGGCAGUGCUGGAGUUUGUUUGGAUGCUGCGUCAUACGCCAGGAACAGAGCUGUCCGUGUGCGAGGAGAUGCUACGAGAGCUGCAGGGCAUCGUGCUGUGUCAGGACAGUCUGCAGUUACGGCGCAGGCGCGGAGCCAGCGUUCUGCGACCGCAGCCUCUGCCCCUGGACGAGCGGCGGGCGCGGGCGGCGGCGGCGAGCCUCAGCAACGGCAAGCUGUGCACAGGCACCGGCCUGCCCGAACCCCUCUCCCACAGACUGGCGCAGGAGGCCGCCCUGGUGGCGCGAGGGUGCAGUCACAUUCGCAUCUGCCCGGAGUGCCGGCGCUUCCAGGGCAUUCGAGUGUGCCCUGCCGGCCCCCCAGGAGCUUCGCCCACCCACAGUGAGGAGAGUAUAGAGUGGGAGAAGGGCACCAACAACAGUGAACACGAAUAACCUUUCUUACCUGUGUCGGAUAGAUGUUAAACGACGGCUUUGCUGGACCCAGGGAUUAUGGGAGCAUUGGCUCCGGAGAAGGAGCUAAAGGAGAUGCUGUCCGUGCUGCUCGAUUCGGCCCAGGAGCUGCGUCUGGUUUCUGUACACUGUCCUUACAGCCCUCUGCUUUUGGGGGACACAGCAGAGGGGCUUUGUACUAUGCAGUAUAUUGUCUUACUGUGCUGUUGAUUUAUUUUUAAAUUAUUCCUCUUUUGUUGUGAAACCACUAUAUUGCUAUUAUCUCCUUCUCACGACAUCUGUUUAGUUUGGUUUUUCACACAGACGCGUACAGCGGACGACUGCAGACUCGAUCCACUAUCGCUCAACCUUUUUAGAGUGCCAAAAUACUUUGUAUUAAUUUUGUGCUGUCGCCUUCUCAUGCCGGCCCCUGGCGGAGUAACUAUUAAGAGAACUGAACACAAAAACAACUGCGAUCUGUUUUUAUUAAUAGUCAUAUUCUAUUAAAAAGGUUUUUGGGAUGUUUCUGAAUGUUUGAUGUGCAUGUAUGAGGGUUUUAGAUGCUAUUGAAUGGAGAAAAACAAGAGUUUCCAGACACUUUUUACACUUUGCUUUUCAUUCUUUUGAGUUAGAUUCAUAUCGUUGCACUCUUUGGAUAUGAAAAUUGCACAUAGUUGUGGAAAAGUGGAAUAUUAUGCUCCCAUUUAAGAAAUUUGCAUUCGGAAACUAACUAGGAUUAAUAACGAUUUCUAUUGACCCUUAUUUUUGUCAUUCUAGCAGGAUUCUUGGAGGUAUCAAGUGUGUUCGCUUUCAAAAAACAUGUCGGGAAAGUGAGAUCUUGAGUUGAUUUUGUUCCUGGCGAGGUCUUGCGUUCAUCUGUACCACUCAAUACAUGAUGAAAUCAACAGGGUCACUCCAUCUAGACAUAACUGUGUGAUGAGACAUUGGAGAUUGUGGGCCUAUGUACAUCAGGUAUUUCUUUAUAUUACAUAACAGCUCAUAAUGUUUGAAGUUAUUGGGGGUUUUCUUUCUUAUUAUUAUUUGAUACCAGAAACGUCCAUUUGUUCAUGUGAUGUCUUUGGUUCAUCCUUCUUUUUUUUCAAAGAGAGACAUCUGGUGAACAACCUUUUAAAAAUGGAUUCAACCAAUCAGUUUUAUCAACGUACCACAGCUGAUGCAGAAUUUGGAUACCAAAAUGAAUUUAUUUUAUUAGGCAUGAUGUUAUCCUCAACUUGCAGUGCCAAAUUGUAAUAAAUUGCCUUCAUGUUUUGGAGAGCCAUUAGAGGUGACUUAUUACCCAUGUUGAUUUUUCUGUGCAUUUCUAUUGAUCUGAAUCCAUUUCUAAAUGAUAUUUCAAUACGGUGUUAGUGCCUGACAAAAAUAAAUGGCAUUGUGUUCA